GCAAUUCAGCUAUUCAAAAUAUCCGAGAAUCGUAAACAAAAAACAAAAAUGGACAAGGAUAAGGCUGAAAAAAUUGCUCAGGCAAAGAAAAAACUAAAAGAAUUCCAAUCAAAACGAGGGGAGCCAACACCUGCAAAGCCCGAAUCCGAAAGUCCUGAAAUUACCAAAACCGAACAUUCCGAAGCUCCGCCAGCGUCACAGCUCUCAACACUCGAAAGUUUGUACCAAUUAUCGACUCGGAUAAAUUCGAUCGUAAAAGAUGAAAAUAUUCCCGCAAACAGCGAAACUUUUGUCAAGGACUUGGAAAUCCGAAAUCAGGAGCUUGUUGCUUCAUUAGAUGGCGAACGCCUGAAAAACGAAGAGCUAAAUUUGCAAGUGCGCGAUUUGAACUCAACUGUCGAUAAAUUAAAAAUUGAAAUCGAGCGUUUAAAGGUCGAAAAUGAGACAAAACUCACCAUGGAGAUGGGUCCGUUGCAGGAACAGCUUCAAUCGCACAUCCAAACGAUCGGCUUGCUGGUCGGCGAAAAGAGCGAACUCAAAACGUACUUGAAAGAAUACCAAAACAGCGUCGAAGCAAAGCGCACAGAAAAUCUAGAACUCGAAACGCGCCUUCGAGCGUCACGUUUUCGUGUCAGCGAGCUCGAACGUGAAAUCAAAACGCUCAAAAGCAGCGGAAAUGUCACAGAAAACUCGUCGCCCGAAGCAAAUAACUCCGAAUUGCUCGAGUUACGCAAGCAAAAUGACGAAUUUGUGGAACAAGUGAACGAACUGAAGCAGAAAAUCACGUUAAAAAAUGACGAAAUCGCAAAAUUAGGCCAAAAAAUGGAAGAAUUGACAUCGCAACUGAACAUGGCCAACUUACGGAUCGAACAAUUGUCAUCGGGAGACACGUUAGCAGCUGACAGUCGCUUGGAAUCGUUAACGCAGCAAAAUUUGGCGAAAGAAAUGCAAAUUACCGAGUUGAAAAAUAUGAUUCAACAACUGGGAACGGAUCGCGAUCAAAGUAACGCGCAAUAUCAGAGCUACGUGCUGCAAUUAAAUCGCGAAAUCAGCAAUUUGGGCGAUAAAAACCUCACGUUGACCGAAGAAAAUGACAAAUUGGCGAAACGGGAAGCGGAACUCAUGAAGCACAUGGGAGAACUUGAACGACAAAUUCAGCAGCAAAUGACGAAACAAAAGGAUGUCGAGGAAAAAUCCCAAGUUGAUGCCAUAAAUUCAUCAAAAACGGCCGAAUUUGAAGCUAAAAUCAAAGAAUUGCAGGAAAAACUUGAAAAAAGUGAAGCUGAAGCGGCGGAGAGUAAAAAACAAGUAGAAAUUCUCUCAACGGACAAAGUGCAAUUGAAAAUUCGUCUCGACGAAGCAAAAGAUCAACUUUCCUCGCUGGAACUCACCAACGAGAGACUUCAAACGGACAAACCGGAUGCCGGAAAACUCAUCGCCGAGAUCGAAAAUUAUAAAGUCGCCGCUUCGCGAGCCAUGUCGCAAAAUUCCGACUUGAAAAAUCAACUUGAGGAGAUGCAACGCGUUUUUGUGCAACUCAGCAAUGAUAAACUAGAGCUUACGGAGAAGCUUCAGGCUGAGCAACAUUUGUGUCGGGAGAUGCGGAACACGUAUUCGACCAUAGAAACGGAUUUGGCAAAGACCAAGGAGCAUUUGAGACUAAAAGACGAGGAAAUGAUUCGUUUGGCGCACGAAACAACCGAUUUAAACAAACAAAUUUUGAUGAAGGAGCAGGAAAUUGAUCGAUUGAGACAUUAUGAGGCAAGUAGUGAUGCCGGAAAUUUAUUGCAAAGGGAGUUGGAAAGUGCUAAAGAGUACAUUGAGAAGCAAAAACAGCGAAUUUCGGAGUUGGAAGCGAAUCAAGGACGUGUUGAAACCCCCGACGAGAGUACAAGUGAGCUCAGUACCAUCGAAGAAGGCAGAUUUGCGGCAGAAAAUGAAGAAUUAGUGCACGAAGUUGAAUCAUUGCAGCAAGAAAAGCAAGUUUUAUUGAAGGAAAUUGCUGAAUUAAAGGAAAAAGUUCAAAAUUCGAACGAAAAUUCGACAGAAACGCAAGUCCCGGAAGUGCAAUCCUCGUCAAUUGUCACUCCUCAAGCCGUUAAAUGCGUUAAUGGCACCGAAACCCUUCCCCUGCAAGACGCUUUGGAAAAACUUCAAGCCCGAUUCCGUCAAACUAUGAACGAAGUCGCUGAAUUAAGCGAAGAAAAGCAACAAUUGGAGCAUUUGGUCACCCAAUUACAGUUCGAAACGGAAACCAUUGGCGAAUAUAUCACUUUAUACCAAAACCAGCGACGACAAUUGAAGCAAAAAGAUCUUGAACGCGACUACCAGUUGCGAAAAUUAGCAGUCGAUCGUGAAAAUAUGCGACAAAAACUCUUGGAGCUCAAUUCGUUAAUCGAACAAUUGCUGGUCGAGAAGAAACGGAAGCGAAAUGUCUCAGAAGACGACCAUCCCGCAGCUUUGACGAACGGAAAUUCGUCGUUAAAUGCAUCAACUACUUCGGAAAUGUCUUCGCCGAAUACUUCGCUUGACGAAACAAACAAGGAAAAUGUGAUUUCUUCGACAACUUCGACAGAUUUGGUCACCGCACUGAAGAAAACUCAAACAAAAGAAACCGCAAGUAAAAUUCUUGCACUGCUCUCGGAUAUUCAAACGGCGAAUCAAACAAGUCUGGAUGAGCAACCGGGAGUUGAUCAUUGCUCGUGCUGCUCCGGGAAACUAGAAGUCGUUUAAAUUGUGUUAAAAAAUUAUUUUUAUAAAAUUAUAUUUUUUUUGUUAUUUUA